AUGGACUGGGAUCAUGAAAUGGAAGAGGGGCCAGGCGAAUCUAUUGCCCACCUAGUUCAGGUUCCCUCAGCUGUCAACGACUGUGGUGAACCAUCAGAAGACAGAGGUUCCCAAUGUUCCAGCCUUGUCAAGACGAAGGUCUACAUUCGAGGGUUGGAUGUUCUGACAACUGAAGAGUUGAAAUCGUAUCUCCUCGAGCACUCUACCCCGCCGAACCGGAUUGAAUGGAUUGAUGACACAUCCGCAAAUCUUGUUUUUGAGUCAGAAUCUAUCGCCUACGAUGCCUUCUCCUCUUUAAGUACCAUACCGAUUACCAACUGCACAUUUUUGAACGCCGCCGACGGAAGGAGAAUGUGCAACGAUCGCGGUACCGCGAUCGUGACCCAACUGAUAACAAGAGUCAUCAUUCUGAGAAGACUAGACGAUCGAAAAGGCUUCGGUCACAAGAUCAUAUAG